AUGUUGCCCUGCGUGUGGAUGGCGAGCUUGUGUUUAUGCUUCACAUGGGCUGAAGCUCACAUUUGGGCGUGGAUGCUCAACAUGCCCCAUAGUCCGCCUAAAGAUGGGGCCUUGGCGCUGCGGGACGUCGCGCCCCCUGCCAGAGCCUCCACGGCGGCGUGCGAACAUGACAGGGCCUGCGGGCGAGGUUUCUCCUGCGACCGCCACUUUGGUUUGUGCGUGCCACUCCGCGGGGAGGGGCACUACUGCCGCAGGGACGCGCAAUGCGUGCGGGGCCUCAGUUGCAUGUUUGGGAAGUGUCACCGCAGCAUUCCCAAUGGACAAGAAGGCGCUCGGUGCAAGGUAGACCGGGACUGCGGGGCAUCCAUGUGCUGUGCUCGCCACCAUGGCGAGCGCGUGUGCAAGCGGCGGCUGAUGCGCGGCGAUGGCUGCUACGUGCCAGAUGGCGGGCUGGCAUUCAGCAUCAACCAGAUCUGCCCAUGCGAUGAGGGGCUUCUGUGUCGGGAAAAUGCUGCUCCACGCAGGAGAGAGUGA